AUGGGUUCACAUGUCUCCAGACCGCGUGGGAAGAUGCUUUUUGCUGUGCCAAACUUGGAAAAGGCGCAACCACUGCAAUUUCAGCCGUUCGCGGCGUUUGAGCGGUCGACGCGACUUGGGUUCGCGGGUCGACCAGGCAUAUGCAGGUGCGCCGUCAAGCACGAGGGAGAAGUCACGGAUAGUCCCCCUGACCACCACGGCGAAGAUAAUGGCCACCGCGAUGGCCACGUCGACGUCGACGUCAAGUCUGGCUGCACGUCGUGCCCACGAUACCCCCAAUACCUAACCUCGAUCCACGUUCUUCGGUCCUUCGGUGGGUCCGGAUCGUCACGCCUGAAACCCCAGCGAAAAGGGGCUGCACCGUUUCACCCUGGCGAUCUCUUCCCAGCUCAGCCCCAACUCCGUCGUGAUUCCUUCGUCUGUGUCUGGCUUCAGGGGUUCUUCACUGCCGGGCCAAUCUCAAUCUUGCUUUUUCGGGACGAGGCAAACAACCGAAACGCUUGUUUCCUGCUGCCCCAGACCAGGCGUGCGCCGCCCCCCCAACACUUUAAAUCUCCCCACCCCGCCUCGUGCACCAUGUCGGCCCAAGAAGAAUUCAACCAGCUGGUCAACAGCAACCGCGAGCGAGCCUCCGUCCAUCCCGAGGACCGCGAUCCCGACGAAGCCCAUUUCUCGGACGACGAGCCCUCCACCCGCAACCUCCGCCAGUCCCAGCGCGUCCUCGAUUCCUCCGACGAGGACGAAGUCGACCGCAACAUGGUGUCGUCCCGCAACUACCACAUCCCAAACACCGUUUACGAAGCCAACACCGGGCCCAAGGGCGUCAUCGCCGACGCCCAGGCCUUCGAGCGGGCUCGCAAGAAGUCAUUCCGCCAGACGCUCCUCAGCGCCGCGGGCUUCGACCCCAAUGGCUUCGGCUCCAAGGCGACCCGCGACCAGACCCCCCCCUCCAGCGACCGAUGGGUCGUCGGUGCUCGCCGCGCUUCACCCCGUGGCCGCCGCUACGGCACUGUUGACACCGUUGACGCGGCGGGGUAUCUAGAUGCCAUCGAAAGGGUUACCUCCGAUACGGUGGUAGUCGUCUGCAUCUAUGAUCCACUGUGCGAUGACAGUGCUAUUGUGGAAGAGUGCUUGGUCACUAUUGCCCGCAGACAGCCGUCUACUCGUUUUGUCAAACUCCACCAGGAGAUUGCCGAGAUGAACCACAUCCAGGCUCCCGCUCUCCUCGCCUAUCGCGGUGGUGAUGUCUUCUCUACCAUAGUCGAUGUCAUCCGUAACAUCCCCAAGGGUCGCAGCUGCAGUGCCGAUAGUUUGGAAGACCUGCUGAAGCUGAACCGUGUGCUAUGA